UGGAGAUGUUCACAAAGGUUGUUAUUAUAGAAACACAUAGCCAUUGGUUCGACGCAUUCCACCCGAAUUAGUGGGGACCUAUAACAUGACGCAGAGAGGAGGUCUGAGAUUUACUGGACUGAUCCAACUCGUCAUCGGUUUGCUGUGCUUGUCUACGAUCAGGAUCGUUAACUAGCUUAAAUUAAGCGUAAACACGAGUUGGUGUCCAAAGAUGAAGUCAGGCAAUGUAGCAUACUCCACCAUCAGAUCGAACGGAUUCAAGGACAAGUCGUUCCGAUCUCCUCUCGUGGACUAUCGCUACGCCUACGAGAAACUGGGGGAACACCACGUGGUGUUACGUCACGUGCUCGUAAAUUACCCAUACAGACUUUGUCCGUCCAUGAACCAUGGCAACCAGGUGGCUGCCACCUCAACCGUACAUUGGUGACAAAGACAACGGAACAUAAAUCCUGUGUAGUAGCAAUGAACGCAGGGUUUUUCUACGAGUUUGGAGCAGGGGCAGGAUGUUUUGGGAAUAUUAUUAGUGACGGUAGACUUGUGCGUGACUCAGGUGGAAUACAAAAUGCCUAUUUUGGUAUUAAAGAAAAUGGCGAUGUUUUUACCGGUUACCUAACAGAAGCUGACAUAGCCAAAGAGAAGUUUAUCCAGCUGGUGAGCGGAGUAAUUUGGUUGAUACGAGACGGUAAAGUCAACAUAAACACCAGUAUGGAUUACGAAUGUCCCGAGGCACUACCAGCAUCAAUACAAAAUUUCUCCAGCUCAGUAUCGGCCAGGUCAGCUGUGGCGGUGGAUAGGCAAGGCAGGGUUAUAUUGAUGCAGGUGGAUGGAAACACACACGAAAGAGGUAUCAACCUGUUCGAGUUUGCUGAUAUGAUGUUGAAGUAUGGUGUCGUACAGGCCGUUAACUUAGACGGGGGAGGAUCCUCAUCUCUGUUGAUAAAGGGAAUACUAGUGAACAACCCUCCAGACAUAUGUAAGGAUGAUACUAGGUUUCGGUGUCCCCGGCCUGUAUCUACGAUCCUCUGUGUACACGAGCCGGUCUGUGAUCCUCCGGGCUGUUCAGGACACGGUCAGUGUAUAAAGGGAAGGUGUGAGUGCUACUAUCCAUGGACUGGACAAGGCUGUACAACACUUAAAUGUUAUAAAGACUGCUCCUUCAACGGAAGAUGUACUCCACGUGGUUGCGUGUGCAAUGCCGGCUUUCAUACGUUAGAUUGUGUUCAACAAUGUCCAGAAGGACAUUAUGGUAUAGGAUGUUCGAACGUGUGUUUAUGCCUAAAUGGAGCCACUUGUAAUGCUGUGGACGGAUCAUGUGACUGUGCCGCGGGAUACACAGGACGAGCAUGCGCAGAAGUUUGUGAUUUCGGGUAUUAUGGAAUAGGAUGUAGCCAAAAAUGCCAAUGUAAAGAUGUCUGUCCUUGUCACCAUGUCACGGGAAGCUGUCAUGGGACCGAGCUUAAAAAACAAUUAUCACGAGUGUAUCAGUGUUUUGCCAAUGGAAGUAUAGAAGAAGAGAAACAAGUGAUAUCCGAUCACACGACCUAUGAAAUGAUGACAAUAGCACUCGUGGUACUAGGACUGGAAGCAUCUAUCAGCACUAUUAUCAACAUCCUUCUAUUAUAUAGAUUGUUCGUGACGUCACCACAUGAACGAUGUAAACAGCCGUAACGGUACAAACUAGCACGUGUAGAAUAUUGCAUGAUAUAAAGUGUCGUAAUGCGAACCUUCACAACGUGGGCAUGUGUAUGUGGGAUAAGUAUGUUGCACUGAUGUUAUAGUG